AUGGCCGCCGCCGCCGACCCCUUCGACUCGGCUCUCGACCUCCUCCGACGCCUCAACCCCAAGCACACGAGCUCGCACCUCAACUCCAUCAUCGCGCUCGCGCCGGACCUGACCGAAGACCUCCUCUCCUCGGUCGACCAGCCCCUGACGCUGCGGCGCUGCAAGCAGACGGGGCGCGACUACCUGCUCUGCGACUACAACCGCGACGGCGACAGCUACCGCUCCCCCUGGUCCAACCAAUUCGACCCGCCGCUCGACGAGGGCGGCGCGGGCGGCGUCGGGGCGGGCGGCGGCAACGAGGGCGCGGGCGAGGGUGCGGUCCCAAGCGAGCGGGUGAGGAAGAUGGAGGUCAAGGCAAACGAGGCGUUUGAUAUCUAUCGCGAGCUCUACUACGAGGGCGGCGUGAGCAGCGUCUAUUUUUGGAACCUCGACGAUGGCUUUGCCGGCGUGGUGCUGCUCAAGAAGUCCGCCACCCCCGGCGGACCAACGGAAGGCAUCUGGGACUCGAUCCACGUCUUCGAAGCCAUUGAGCGCGGGCGCACGACGCACUACAAGCUGACGUCGACGGUCAUCCUGUCCCUGUCGACGAGCGAGGGCGCCAUCGGCGACAUGGACCUGAGCGGCAACAUGACGCGGCAGGUGGAGCAGGACCUGCCGGUGGAGAGCGACGACAGCCACAUUGCCAACAUUGGGCGGCUGGUCGAGGACAUGGAGCUCAAGAUGCGCAACCUGCUGCAAGAGGUGUACUUUGGCAAGGCAAAGGACGUGGUAGGCGACCUGCGCAGCGUGGGGAGCCUGAGCGAGGGGGCCAAGGACCGCGAGACGCAGAGGGAGAUUAUCGGGAGUAUGAAGCGGUGA